AUGAAUACUUUGGGACUUAGUAUGAUAUUGAAAAUGGGUUGUAUCUGUGCAAAAGAAAACCUAAGUAUAAACGGAAUAAGAUAUGUGGUAUUAGAACGAUUAGGAGAAGGGGGAUUUUCCUGUGUAGAUCUGGUUGAAAAUAGUACAACGAAAAAAAAAUACGCUCUAAAAAGAAUAACAUGCCACAGUAUAGAAGAUCAGAAAAUAGCAAUGCAAGAAAUAAAUUAUUACAAGAAACUUAGACACCCUAAUAUUAUAGAACUUGUAGAUUCCACUUUUAAAGGAUCUGCAGAUAUUGUGGUACAUGCUACAUCAGAAGCAUUUCUAGUGCUUCCUUAUUACAAAAGAGGUACUUUACAUGAUUACCUCACUUUAAGAUCUUUUAAUAAAAAUUAUUUAGAUGUUAAGGAUGUCUUGAGAAUUUUUUUUGAAAUUUGUCAAGCUUUAAAAUUCCUUCAUGAUUUUACACCAGAUCCCAUAGCUCACAGAGAUAUAAAAACUGCUAAUAUAUGUUUAACAGAACAUAUGGAUCCUAUUCUGAUGGAUUUAGGAUCAUGCGCUCCAGCCAAAGUUCAAGUUUGUGGAGCUCAAGAUGCCCAAAAAUUGCAAGAUUUGGCUGCUGAAAGAUGUUCUAUGACAUACAGAGCUCCUGAACUAUUCCAUGUUGAGAGCUACUGUGUAAUUGAUCAGAGAGUUGAUAUUUGGAGUUUGGGUUGUGUAUUGUAUGCGAUGUUGUACUUCAAAUCCCCCUAUGAUAUAGUAUAUGAGAGAGGGGAUUCCGUAAAUUUGGCUGUGAUAUCAGGAACUAUUUCCUUUCCACAAGACGCACAUUUUAGUGAAGAUGUUCACGAUUUAAUCCGCUUUAUUUUGAAAGUAAAUCCAUCCGAAAGACCCUUCAUUGAUGAUGUUCUUGAGAAAACCAAAGACUUAAAGCACAAAUUAGAUAAUAUAGUGUAG